UCCUAUCUCCAAAKUCGAUCAUCAAAUAAUUUUGGCAUGAGCAGAAACAGAAACCAAUUCAAACCUAACUAAACCAAUCCGAGGCAAACAAAAACCCAAGCAGCGAUAGAUUCCAAAGAAUUYACAGCACUCUGCUUCAAACACAAUAAAUACGAAUAAAAAUGGUUCUUGGAGCACGUUUUUUCGUUUCGAAACCAGUCGCCUUUGGAGAGAACGGAUUUGAAUUUCAAUGCAGACUCUUUCACAAAAUACAAUCCUUGGGUGAAACGCCAAGAAACACAAAAAGCUGAAACAUCUCGAUCAUACUAUCAYAUAAGCAUGGUGUACAAUACCGAGUGGAUAAUUUCGAGCCGCAACCAAAAAACGGGUCCGCUGCUUUCGUCGUCGUCGUCGUCGUCUUUGCCGGGGCCCCAGAAAGGCGGCGAGAGGUUUUCUUGCCCCGGAGGGGGCUACCUCCAAAGGGUCGGGGAGGCUCUCUCGAGGGCCCUAUCGGGCAUGGAUUCCUGGGACGGAACCGGCGCCUUCCACCGCCUCGUCCGGCCCCACGUCGAGCUGGGUACRGCCCCCGUGGCGUCCGAGCGCAUCGAGAACCUGCAGCGGAUCCGGCGGUUUCGUCCGGCUGCUCCGCCUCCUACCAGCGGAUCCAUUAAAAGUGRAAAGGGCACCACCGCCCCGAGGGAAUCCUGUCUGAUCGAGGCGACCAGCAACUCCGUCCGGGUGUCCUUCCUCUUCAAGGCCCAGGCCAAGGCGGAGGCCGCAAACUCUUCCGCGGAUCCACUCGAGGCCACCAUCUUGUUCCAGUGGAUGAGAUUUCUCUCGCUGCAGCAGCAACAUCCGCUGCUGCGCAAGCGGCCGCUCGAUGGAUACUCCRUCACCUUUCUGGUUACGAACAAGCACCUYGCGGUCCACGGGAAGGGAGGAAGCCGGGCCAUAGAGGAGUCCAUCCUGGGGUUUUGUUCCCGCAUCGACAAGGAGUGCAGCGACAUCAAGCUCCAGGUAAACGCGCAGGCACGCUKCGUCACCUCGGAGUUCUGCAAGGCCUUCAACSAAACGGACGCGACCGCUUCGUCUUCCGCAGGCUACAAGAGCAGCUCGGGAGUUGCGCUGGCAAACGAGUAGCAACAACCCAUUUUGCAGGAGAAGGGAUCACUGACAGCAUUGCCAUGCCGGAUGUUGUUGGAGUCGCAAAGAUAACCACC